AUGAAGCACAACGAGGAGGUUAACAUGCAGCAAAUUUCUCAGAAUAUCAACAAUGGCAAGAAGAAAAUAGAAAAACGUAUACAAAAAAAUUCUGUUUUGGAACAAAAGGAUGAUGUACAAAAAUGUGACAAUACUGAAAAUCCGUUGAAUGAACAGAUGCAAAGCACACGUAACCUGAAAUUUGGAGAACAGAAUGACAAGGAUAAACGCUUGCUGUUAGCGGCCGAAGAUGGAAUCAAGGAUUUACAGCUGAGAACCUUGAGGAUUCUGGGAGAAAAUAAGAAGAACCUGGAAAUAAACCAUAACACAUUUCAGUCUGUAAAAGCAAUAUGGAAAUCUGAACUCAAACUGUUGGACAUGAAUAUGAACAGUUUUUCUGAAAUCUAUAAACUGAAAAUGGCAAUUGCUGAAAAGAAAUGGUCAGAGAGACAACAAGAGUGGAUAGAAAAGCAGAGGAUGCUAUCAGCAAAGGAGGAAAAUGUGAAGCAGGCUGAAGAAAUACAGAGCUACAAGAGAAGACUGAACGAACUUCAGGCUCAGCAGCAGCAGCAAACCCAGACCUUCAGACAGGAGGUUGCUGUUCAGAAACAGAGGGCUCAUAACAUGAAGCGCAAGGCUCAAGCUUUGGAGAAGCAGUUGACGGUACAGAGAAGAGAGACUGCACACUUAAGACACAGAUUGGAAAUACUACAUGUACAGAUGCGGGAAGAGAAAUACAGGCGCCAGAAGCCAGUCCCAGUGGAACAUGCCUGGGAGAACUCUCCGAGAGCAGAUCCAGGGACUUGUGCAAGCAGUACGAAGAAUAUUGGCUCAUUCCCUGCAGAGAACACUAGGAAAGGAAAGGUCAACAUGGCUACAGGAGGGCCUCCUCCUUUCCCAAAGUCGCCUCACACGGUCUACUACAUGGGUGGCCCCAGGUCGUCAUUCAUGUGCUAUGUGCCACCUCCUCCAGUCUGGUGGUCUCCAAGACCUCUACCACAUCUAGCUCCAGAGUUUGGGGAACCAUUCUAGGAUUGGAACAGGAAACCAUAUCCUGAACAGGCCUGUGAGUCACAUCUUAUGUUCAUUUUCUGGAUGUUUUCCUGACUCAUGAAGCCUCCUCUGUUCCAUCAGCCUAGUGUUUUCCCUAAUAAACUCUUUUGUGAUUAUGC